AUGGCCAGAACCAAGCAGACAGCCCGUAAGUCCACCGGCGGGAAAGCUCCCCGCAAGCAGCUGGCCACUAAGGCCGCCAGGAAGAGCGCCCCCGCCACUGGCGGAGUCAAGAAGCCUCACCGCUACCGGCCCGGGACCGUCGCUCUCCGGGAGAUCCGGCGCUACCAGAAGUCCACCGAGCUGCUCAUCCGGAAGCUGCCCUUCCAGCGCCUGGUGAGAGAGAUCGCCCAGGACUUCAAGACCGACCUUCGCUUCCAGAGCUCGGCCGUCAUGGCCCUGCAGGAGGCCAGCGAGGCUUACCUGGUCGGGCUCUUCGAGGACACCAACCUCUGCGCCAUCCACGCCAAGCGGGUCACCAUCAUGCCCAAGGAUAUCCAGCUGGCCCGCAGGAUCCGAGGGGAGAGGGCUUAGAUCUGCGCCCCGCACCCAACAAAGGCUCUUCUCAGAGCCGCCACCUCCUCCAGAGACGAGCUCCACUCCGCCCUUCAUCCUCCACCUCUGCUCACAGGAGGCGGGUUAACCCUUUCAGCGCUCUGAUCAGUAAGAGCAGUUCCUUUAUUCUAAAAGCGCUCUCUGUAUCUCCCCCCGUCUAUCAGGGACUCGCUGACCGUGACCGAUAACCGCCUCCAUCCUCCCUGCCCCCCGCCAUCUCCACUCAGCGCUGCUGGGGGCGGAGCUAUAGGACAAGUGCUUUACAGUGAUUGGCUGAUCUCUGGCUUUUGAAAUUCCCGCUCAAUUACAGUCCGGUUAGAAUUCAGCGGCCAAACCCUCUACAGCAGCAAUGUCUGCCCGGACUCGCAGCAGGUCAGGAGCGGUGAUGUCCGAUUCAU